GUGUUUAUUAAGUUGAACAGGAGUAACGAAUUUGAACGUAAUCAAUCUUAACAUUUCCCUAUAAUAAUCAUGGCUCUCACAACUGUGUGGAAAUGCUGUAUGAUGAGCAGUGGGAGUAGCCAAAUAUGGCGACGUAGAAGUGGAAUAGCAUGGAUCCGCGCAGGACUAGUGAUAUUCAUACUAGUUUUCAUAUGGCUCCAACUAAAUUUUCUGAGCUUUGGCGGGUCUUCCCCCCAAUACUCAGAAGUGAACGAUAGCAAUGCCGCCAUUUUGAGUAUGGUACCUGCUGUACUGCACAAAUUUCUCUCACCAAAAGCCAACAAUUUUUCUCUCAACGGAGGAAAUGGAAGUUACAUUAAUUUUGUAUAUGCCAGUAUGCCUAAUAUAUCCGAAAUGAAACGAAACAUAGCACAAUACAAUCUGCAACAAGUUGUUUACAACGAAAACAUUUUUGAACCACUUCAGAAUGACUCGGUCGUUAUUGUUGUACAGGUACUCACAUUUUUAUCUAUUCCGAAAUUAAUUAGCUUCUAUUUUAUGAGCGUUUCUUUGUCACAACCCCAGUUUAUAUUUGCAAGAACUACUACAGUGUUUAGUGCUCUCUUGCAUUCAAUAGCAAGGUCUGUGAUGUGCAAAUAUGAAAAUAUUUCCAAGUUGCACUAUUCAAUUGAAACCUUGCGAUAUCCAAAAUUCCCUAGAAAUAUAAAUAUCCUGAACAUUGUUGAGUUUAUUUGUUUUCCCCUUAGGGCCUUAUUGAAAAAAUGCAACAACGCCCUCUACCCUGAUGUGUAUGGGCACUACAGGGAAGCAAAGUUUACCCAAACGAAGCACCACUGGUGGUGGAAAACGAAUCGAGUUUUCAAUCAACUCGAAAUUACGAGAAAUCACACUGGCCUAGUUGUUCUCUUGGAAGAAGAUCAUUAUGUUGCAGAAGAUUUCAUUCAUAUGUUGAAAUUAAUGGAGAGAAAUUACAAAGAAACUUGCAAGCAUUGCAACGUUUUGUCGUUGGGAACAUACAUGAAGACUUAUAAUUACUAUGCUGAUUCCAAAAAGGUUGAAAUAUCUCCUUGGAUUAGUAGUAAGCACAAUAUGGGGAUGGCCUUCAACCGAACGACUUGGAUGCAGAUUGUGGAAUGUGCGUCAUACUUUUGUAAAUAUGACGACUACAAUUGGGACUGGUCUUUACAGCACGUGUCUCAAAAUUGUCUGAAACAGAAACUCCAUGCUAUGGUUGCACGAGCUCCUAGAGUCUUCCACAUUGGCGAAUGUGGGGUGCACCAUAAAAAAAAUAACUGCAAGGCAACAUCAGUGAUUUCCAAAGUUCAACAAGUGCUGAAAUCAGCCAAAAGACAUUUAUAUCCUGACAAUUUAAUUUUAACAUACUCAACUGUGUUAAAAAAAACGAAACUUCUUAAGGGGAAUGGGGGAUGGGGAGAUCGAAGAGAUCAUAAGUUAUGUAUAGGUAUGACUAUUGGUUAGAUAUUUUAUUUUUGUUAUUCGCCUGAAAUGUAAUAGUUUUGUUGUAUUAUUAUUUAUGUUCCUAUUUAUUUGUAUCGCUUUUUAUAUAUUCUCGAAUCUGUUAUAUAUUCUCGAAUCUGUUAUAUAUUCUCGAAUCUGUUAUAUUUUUUGUUGAUUAUUUUCAAUUGUGAUUUGAAAAAUUUUCAGUGUCAUAUUAGUUGUUAAACCAA